AUGGAGAUGGUUCACAGUGGCAACAUCCACAAACUUGAAGAAGAAGUUGAAAAGCUCACGCAUGCAAAAAAAAGGGUUGAGCACACUGUGGAGGAAGUUAAGCACAAUCCAGUAGAAGAAGUUGAAGCUGAUGUUCCGAGGUGGUUUACUAAAGUGAAUAAUGUCACUGAAGAUGCUACUAAAAUUCUUCUUCGACAUGAAGACAAAGCAAAGAGGAGUUGCUUCAUGGGAUUGUGUCCUAAUUUGAUUAGGCGCCACCAGAUUAGCAGAAAAGCAAGCCAAGCUUUACCAAUCGUUGUUGAAGCCCGAGAAGAAGGAAAUUUUGAGAAAGUUUCCUACCGCAUCACACCACAGGGCAUAGGGGCAGUCAAAGGUUUUGAGGCCUUUGAAUCAAGAACAUCAGCUGUGGAGCAAAUCAUGAAUGCUUUAAAGGAUGCUGAUGUUAAUCUCAUUGGAGUGCAUGGAAUGGGAGGCGUGGGUAAGACCACGCUAGUGAAACAGAUUGCUGCACAAGUCAGGGAAUACGGAAUCUUCAAAUUGGUGGUUAUGGCAACUGUAACUCACAAUCCGGAAUUGAAAAAAGUUCAGCAAGAAAUUGCAGAUUGGUUAGACUACAAAUUUGAUGUGGAGUCUGUUGAGGUACGAGCAGCUCGGUUGAGUGAGCGAAUCAAGAGAGAAGAGAAAAUUCUCAUAAUUCUAGAUGAUAUUUGGGCAGCAAUCAAACUGGAGGAGGUAGGAAUUCCUUAUGGCCUUGAUCAUAAAGGGAGCAAGAUACUGAUGACGUCUAGAAAUCAAUCUGUGUUGUUGGAAAUGGGAGUACAAAGAGAUGUCUUGCUUGAAGUUUUACAGCAUCAAGAAGCAUGGAAUCUAUUUGAGAAGAUUGUGGGAGAUCUUAAAGAUUCCAACUUACGACCUAUAGCUAUUGAAGUCGCAAAGAGAUGCACUGGCUUGCCCAUUUUAAUUGUACCAGUAGCGACGGGAUUGAAAAACAAGCAAAUGUUUGAAUGGAACGAGGCGUUGGAAGGGCUUAAAAAGUUUGAUGGCAAAGGAGAUAAAGCGAGAGUUCACUCAGCCCUAGAGUGA